AAGAUGGCAGGAAUAUGCUCAUUUAUCUGUUGUGUAUUACUUUUUGUGUCUUCUGUACGUGGAAUUGAUUAUUCCCACACUAAAUUGUUGGAUGGAACUGCUUACAAAGUACAUUGGAUGUUCGAUAAUGAAACGGAGACAUUUUACUUCAAAGUUGACGUCAACACUACUGGUUGGGUUGGAUUUGGCGUGUCACAACUGUUGUUUCCGGGGAUAGAGGGCUUGGAGUGGAAUAGGAAUUCAAUGGACCACUAUGAUGUUAUUGUCGGCGGAGUUGAUGAGAAUGGAACAAAGUAUUACAAGGUUAGUAUUCGAGAUGGAGUUUGGUUCGAUUCCGCACCACCGUGAUAUGGUAAUAAACUACGUAGCGGCUUGUUUGUUCAAUUUUUUGUACGUAUGAUGUGCAAGUAUGUGUGUCUGUACGUUCUUUUCUCCCAUAAAUGUCGGGUGAAUAACGUGGGUUAAACUAGGGACAAAGUGUAGACUUGUCCUCUCAUGAUCAAUUUUUUACUGAGUAAUGGUCAGGUACAAUUCGCCGGCUGAGUUUAAACGAGACAUGAAAUUAUAAAUGUCUGGCCCGGGUUGCUCGAGGCAUGGUUAGUGCUAACCAGCGUUAAAUACCAUGGAAACCUAUACAUUUUGAUACCUCUUAACCAACGGUUAGCGCUAACCAGGCUUCGAGCAACCGAAUGUUGCGUGUUUUAUCUAAGAAAAAUUUCCAUUGAAUUAUAUAAACUAGCAAUAGUUCUCACUAAAGCGGCCCCCACUUUUUUUAUAUUAUGGAUUGUAGAAUAUCUUCUGAAGUGAAACUUUGUACAGGGAAUGACCCUGUUUUUUUCCAACCCUUUUUAUUGGGCUGCCCUUCGGGCAAAGUCCAAUCAAAAAAUGGAGGCCGCCUCGCCCGUGCAGGAAAAAGACAAAACGGUGGACGGAUCAGGCUUCCCGUCCCCCCUCCCCUGCAUUGUUGCUAAACGUCGUUCUUUUUGAGCGAAAGUGGUGGGUAAUUACAGAUGAAAAUGGUAGUGGUAAGGGAACAAAAAUAAUAUUCUUGUCUGAAGUUAUUAGUCCUAUCUUAUCACCUAAAAACAGGAAAAAUUGAUUGCGUAGUAAGCCUCUUGUAAAAAGCUCCUUUCACUUGUCUCCUGUCUCCUCAGUACUUUCUGUCACUACCGUAAAAGAGCCUGGAUUGAAACACGUUUCAGUUCCAACACUUUAUAUUGCGAAGGGACGAUCGGUCGCAUUUGAAUCAAGUUGAAGAGGGAAAUUCAUGUUUGGAAACUGGACCAAGGCAAUGCUCACUCCGCAUACACAUCCAUACACUGUUCACAGUAGGACCACACUCAAAGAUGAUUGUGAGCGUUUUGGGGACAGACCGGUCUGUGAACUCAAAGAGAAAUGUAAGACUUGUAAUGAAAUGAGCAAACUUUAUGAACCAUCUGUGAGCAUAAAUGAUGAGCAAACUAUGAUUACAACAAAUCGACUGAACAUUGCACUAUGAGCUGUUGUAUGGAAAAAAAAAAACAAUUCAGAUGCUGCCUGGAAAAGUUCAACUGAAAGUUUUAUGUGUUGAUGAAAACAACAGCAUGUCUUACUAUAAAAGGAUUGCACUCGAGCUCUAUGAUGUGCUGUAUCAAUAAUAAACAAAUACAAAAAUAGGAACACCAAACAGCAAUUACUCUUAAGGUUAAUGGUUAAGGCUAGGAAACUGAGUGAAUUGAAUCCGAAUCCUUAUACAUUCAACUUGAAUAAUCCAGCCUGGUGUGCGGCAUUGUCGUAUCAAAGAUUUGCCAGUGAUAUAAUCAAAUCAAAAAAAUAAUGCAAGCACGAAUACAAACUUCAGCUUCAGGUGUUGGGUCUUAGCAAAUAAUUUCUUCCUUCAAGUCCUUUGAAAGAGGACAAACAGAAAUGAUUCGAGGACAAGUAGUGUUUUUAUUUAUUUAUUUAUUGACAUUUUUCUUUUCUGACGUGAUUGAACUCGCGUUCUAGUAGAAAGCCAAUCAAGCAUGAAGCAUGCAUUCAUGCAAACAUUUCUCUGGGUUCAUUUCACAUUUUAUGAUAUCUUUAUGUCAUGAUUGUGAAGACGUUCCAUGAACUUGAAUAAUGUUAUCUACUUUAUCCAAGAUCUGGAAAAUACGGGAAGAAGACGAUUAAAUUUUUAAUACACAAGAGUUGGAGGACAGAAAAGUAAUCGGCAAAAAAUGUCAGUCUGGACCAAUAGCUCUGCUUUCAUGUCAUGUCAUGUCACAGAACCAAAUUGUCACACAAGUCGGCAGACCAUUGUACCCCCAUUUAUGGGGUUCUUGUUUCUUAUCUGAGAGGCUUUGUUAUUUGAAUAAAUCUGGAAAGUGUAAGGUGAGAGGUUUUAUUAUCAUCAUAUGCUAUUGCCCAGUUAUCCCUGGUUGCACUCGCAUGGGACUGAGGCGUAGGUCAAAUGGGUUGUUUUCAGUCAUGGCGCGUUUCAAUAAUGAGCUGACUCUGGCCUCAGUUUAUUGCACAAGUCAGAUUUGUUGUAAGUAGCUCUCCCUAAUGAACUUGAUGUCUUAUAUCUACUGUAAUAAAAGACAGAUAUGGUAAUUUUUUUUUAAAAUUUAAUCAAACAACAAGCUAAUAUGUAUAAUAUGUAUUUUGAGUCAAACAGUUUAAGAGCUUAUGUGUUGAAUAAUUUGAAUAGAAUUUGAAUUUGAACAUGAAUGUUAUAAAACAUAUCUAACAGUCAGUAAAUUAUAUCAAAAUUAUGAACAUGUGUUGUUAUUAAAUUUGUGGUCUGCUAAUACAAGUUAAAAUAUUUCUCACAGUCAAAUUUGAUAAACGUGGGAAAAAAAACAUGAUGUAACGUCGAAAAAACUGUCAACUGCAUAGGAAUAAAUAUGAGAGGUGUUUAGUACAGAAUUCAUAAAAUGUCCUGUCUUAGCAAUAACUACUGGAUUUAUUUCACACACAUCUAGCUUAAGUUCCCCCUGGUUUUCAUCUUCCAUUGAGCUACUGUAAGCUAAGGAAUCUGUUACUUUACAAAAUGUGUUGCUUAAUUCAUAUAUUGUGAAAACCAUCCUUCCUUACACUUUUUUUUCGGUGCAGCCAAAUUGGAAAACUCUUUUACAUCUGAACAAAGAUCAUCAAUAUAGGUCCAUUUUUCUUGACUGAGAACUGCGCAAGUAAAAUGUCUAUUACGUGAUCACACCAUCCCUUUCAACUUGUAUUCGGUUUGGCCUACAUUUAUAUUUUUAUACAACUUUAUCACAUUCAUAAGCUCUGGAGAGAAUUCAAUAAAAACAAACUUUGAGUGUGCUGCAGAGGUCAAAAUUGGCCUCACACGUAGUGGUUUCACAAUUGAGGGCAGUUUAACUUUCCAGGGUAAGUUUGAAUAGCAGAAACAAACUGUGGCCAGGAAUUGUAAUUCAGCUCACAUGAAUGAAACACAACAAUAACAUUCACCUCUUAAUCCUACAAGCAUAGCCUGUGAAGAAGAAAGCGACAUGUUUCAAGAACAGUUCUUUGAUCAUUUAGUGUACUGAAAAAACUAACAGAGGAACUGUCGCAAACUAACAAAGUAAGAAGAAGGGAAAAGGUUCUGGCAGGGAAAGUGUUCUAGUAUUUAAACAUUGUAUUUGCCCUUGCGUGUGAUCUAUUUUAGCCACUUGACAAAGGGUUUUGAGAUAAACUAACAGUAGUUUUCCAAAAAUUGCUACUUUUAUGGCACUGCUCAAACUCUUGAACACAGGAUGGUGAAAACUGUGAAAACAUUUGGCCUCGUUGUAAACAUUUGAUGCACAGAAGUGUACUAAGGAUUGUUAAGUCGCGCCGGCAGAUUCACUUGUUCUCGAGAAUGUGUACCUUUCCUUGCUAAGAGAAUGGGCAAAGCAAACUCGAAAGUUACAGAACCAUCUCUCAGGAAUUCUCCUAUUCAAAUAGUUUUGUGAGUCUUCUCUUCUGAAGUGAAGCAAGCACACUUUCGUUCUUUUAACACUGUGAUAGUACAUGUAAAGUGCUUACAUUCACUGUGCUGAAUCACUUGAGUCCUUUCUUUCUUUGUAAAGAACCUUGUCAAAGGGAAGAUAAUCAACUUUCAUUUCUGCUGGAAACUUCCAGUCUUCCUUCAAUCAGCACAGUAACAUCACUCAUAAGUUCUGUUCCCUUUCUUAUUAGGGAGCUUAAGCAAGAACUAUGAAGAUGGCAGUGAAAACAUCACUAAAGAAAUGAAUUUUCACUUUUCCAAACUUUAUCACAAAUAAUUAUUCAGACACGUUCCAUUUGUCAAUUGUGGGUGAUUUUUCCCAGAUUUUAAUUAAUUCUUAAAGGACUGUAUCCUGAUUCAAAAAAUAAAAAGUAGAAUUAGUCAUUGUGUGUUCACGUCCUCCAUAAAACGUCACAUUAGAGAGACUUUUUCACAUUGUAGUUGUGUGGUGGAGGUCAAAGAAAAGUAUUAAAAAGUGUGGUGCACAUGCAGAGCUGUUGUUUUGCUCAUAAAACCAACUGUUUUUUCAUGUUGUCAUCUUCGUGGUUACUGAAGCUCUAUAUUGUAUGAUUGUACAAAAACCUGUUGCUGGACAUUUCGUGUAAUUUCCAUUUUUUCUAGAAAAUAAGUACAUCUACAGCUGCAGUCCCUCAUCAUUUCCAUUUGGAACAGCAGUGUGAAUGAAAUACAUGUAUAUUUGUACUCAAGAAAAAAAAGCCUCUCUUGGUUGCCUGUUAAGGACCAACUGUACUAUCGCCAAGCUAUUAUGUCCUACAAAUGCAUGACCAGUCACGCCCCUGAAUAUCUUACGUCCCGAUUUCUUACCCAUGAGCAAGUUAGCGAAUGAACAACUUGGAGUAGCCAAAAGCUAAACAUCCCUCUUUUCAGAACAGCCUCCAGACUGAGAACCUUUUAUUACAGGACUGUUAAGCUUUGGAACAAUUUGGAACCUUUUCUUAAAUUAAGCCAAUCUCUUCAAAUUUUUAACGUUCCUUAAGGAGCCAGCUUUUAGACAAUGUUGUAAAUACUUUGUAGUUAAGUUUGAAAACAUUGUAAUUAGCAUUAAGUUGAGUGUUGUGAUUAGUUAUGAUAAAUAAUGUAAUGUUUUUAAAUAAUGAUUGUUCCUUUCCUUUGUGGAGGUAACAAUAAAGUAUGUAUGUAUGUGACAGGCAAAGAGUUGAUUUCCUUCUUCCCCUUAAUGUCACCUUUCUUGUGAAUGGCAAUAUUUUUACAUACAAUGGAUACACUUGCAUAUUUUUUGGAUCCAUGGACAAAAUGACAGGCUACUGGCAGACAUCACUAGCAUCACAAUAUUUAAGUUUGGCACUUUCCAACUUACAAGUGAAAUUCCCCUGCAGUCAGUGACAGUUGCGGGCAUCACACCAUCAUAACUUUGUUUGAUUUGAUUGUUAACAUCAAUCUUUGAAUACAUGUAUCUCUCAGGAUUACAUGACAGAUGGACACGUCCAUCCCACCCCAGAUACCAAACAGGAGUCUGACUGGAUUGUAACAAAUCUUACUGAAGUGGAUGGCAGGACAAUGAUAGAAUUUACAAGGAAGCAGAAUACUAGUGAUAUUGAUGACCAUGUCAUUGGGGUAAGCACAUUGCACUGUAACGGUAAAACAUCGUAACUUAAUAGUUCAGAAUGGUGAAGAUCUUAUUAAUGUAGACCAAAAAUGUGUAUGCUUUUAAGCUAACAGUGUUUACCAAUGUUCCCCCUAAUUUUUAGCUCAGCAAGUGAGGGACCAUUAAUGGACAGUAAGGCAAAAAAUAUGCGCCAGAGGCGCACUUUCCUGGGGAGGGGAGGGGUAAUGGAGUUAGGGACAUGACCCUGCCCUCACUGGGAAAUUUAGGAGCUAAGUUCUCUGAAAUGUCAUUCCCUCAUUUUAACCCAUUCACCCCUGAGCUGCCCAUAACUCCCCGUGCAGAUCCAUGCCCUUUCUACCACUUGUGACGUCAUCAGUUCUAAUGUUCAAGGACAAUUUUGUCCGCCAGCUUGUGCAGAGUCAAGAGGUCUUUCAAACUGUACCAGAAUGAGCACAAUUCAGUCAAGGACACCAGAGAAAAAGGCAAAAAACCAUGUAACAUUGACUGACCCUAAUCUUGUUCCACUACCCAGCUACCUUUCCUUUCAUCUAAUCCUAAGAUCCUAAAAGCUUUUUCCCACCAAAAUGAAGCCUACUAAAUGCCCAGCAAGAGAAAAAAAAAUGAGACAAGAAAAGCAAAAAAAAAAGGGGGGGGGGGAGAGAAAGAGAAAAGUAAAAGUCAAGACUUCUUGUUUUCUGGGCAUGCUUGAACUUUGAAAGCUAAUAUUUUACAUCUGGAUCAGAAGUCCAUGAAGUGUAUGACCUGUAAACGGCUUUGUGGUAAGUUUUAGCUCGUUACAGUAUGACAAUGACCAGAAAACCACUCGAUUACUGUAGCUUCAAAACGUGUUUUUCGGCAAAAUCUCCAGGGUUAAGACCUACUGUAAAACCCCGAAAAUUACCCCCUCCAUGAUUGUACAAGCCCCUCCAAACUGAAAAUAUUAGCCCCCCAAAUUUGUAACACAAAAACACCUUUGUUAAAUCUGUAAGCUCUUGGGGGCUUGUACUUGGAAAUUGCCCUCAAAUACAAAAAAACAAACAAAGCAAAAACAGUACAGCAACAUAUAAUUUUUUUUAUUUGCCAAAGAACUAUUACAUGUGCCAAAGUGAUUGCAGUAAAAAAGUGUUACAGUUUAUUGUUGUUUGCAUAGUUCACUCCUCACUCUUGACUUGGGUUUCUAAUUGUUAAGAUACUGUGUGCUCCAUACUUUAUAAUUUAACAUUAAUUAUUUACCUUUUAACUGAGUAUUGCAUAAUUUUCAAUAAAUGAAUUUGCCGUUGUGUCUUCAGGGAUUUCAAUAAGCACCGACAACUGACAAAACACAUCGGCUACUUUGCUCAGAGCAGUCAGCUACUUUUUUCCUCGAAAAGGAAGCAAUUAGUUUAAAAAUGUCAAAAACAAAAAAAUAUAUCAUUAAUUGAUUGAGUGGCUGUGAAACCUGAAUGAAAGCUAUAAGUUUUUAAUUGAAAAAUACGCUCUUCUGACGUUCUCAAUUAAGUCCCAGGAACACUGGAAAUCGCAUUUUAGGGCUUUGAAAUUCCAAAAAGAUCUAUGUCCUCACGACGGGUUCAGUCAGUAAAAACUUCUUGCAAAUUACUGACAUAAAUUUCCUUCCAACUAUAAACUAGCCCAAUCGAUUUUGAGACACAAAUUUCCCUCCCAAGUAUAAGCCUAACCAAUUUUGAAAAGCAAAUUUCCCUUCACUUAUUUUCAGAAUUUUACGCAAAUCAGGCGUUGUUAUCUUCAAACAGCAAUUUAAAACGUUUGAUUCCAAAACUUUUACUCUGUCUGAAACGUUCUCUUUCCAAAAUACGUUGCUUGUAAAAGAACGGCUGUAUACUUAAGUACUUUUCCAUAUACAUGUAUUCAUUCCAGCAUUUCCUGGUGAGAGUUGGAUCAGAUCACAACUUGCAUAUUAUUUAAGACUACUUAUUUGUUAAUUAAUUUUAGUAAACCUUCAAGCGGUUUUAGGCGGUAAGAAGUGUUGCUUCAGGUCGUAAAUUUUUCCAGUUACUGCCUGAUGAGGAGAACACUGGUUUACAAUGUAUUUGGAGUUGUCAGCGAUAAACGUAGGCGAUUGUUUUGAAAGAGAAUACCUACAGCUUUAAGUUGGCCGGUGAGCACUUUUUUCUCUCUUGCAUGACUUUUACAUGUAGCAUUUAUGAAGUCAUUUGCGUGGCUUGUAAACAAACCACGGGGUGUAAACAAACAAACGACUCCGUAAAAGCUAAAAGUCAUACAAGAGAGAAACCUCUGCUAGAUUUGCUCUUUCUGUUUGAGACAAGAGUGGUUACUAAACUACCGUAACUGACGUAUAAAAACAAUUUUUUUUCCUGAGUGGCAACCAAGAGACAACAAAUCAAUGGUGGACAAAAAAGUAAUCGUAAUUUCAAGGUCUUCUCAUGGGAAUAGAAAUUAUGAGAAAAAUUACAGAGAGUUUAUUCAAAACUCAACCUUUGCAACAAAAUAUGAAGUAAUUUUAAAUAAUAUUCUGAAUUUUGCCAUCAAAUGUUACUGUUUGACAAGUUUGACCAAACACAUUAAAAGCUCAGAAAAGUGUGUCUCUAGCUGCUUAAUUAAUAUUCAUUGUUUUUAGUAUGAAAUCUACCUUUAGCUCCUAUAAAGAGCCUAUAAUUAUUUUGAACUUGAACAGCCUAUUUUUCCAAUCAGAUUUUCCAAAAAGUGGUUGGGAUGCCUGAUGAGGGGAUAGUAGUUUAAGUGUAUGACAAAUGGCCAAAAUAUUAAUUAUUAUUACUGGUAAAAAAAUUAUCAUACUAGAAUUGAUUGCAUGGUAUAUAAUAUGGUUGUGUGGAUCAUUGUAAAAUUUAACUUGAGGCAGGGUCUGACAAAUGUGAAAAAUGUGGCAAGUUGAAAAAACUGCCAGGCACGUGUUUGACUUUUCGGGCCAGCUGUAACAUUUUGACUAACUGGGUAUUUUCCACAACUCUCAAAAACAUGGCACAGAGGCCUAUGAUGCUUCAUUCUCUCUUUUGGUUUGUUACAAUUUUGUUUUGUUUCAUUUACCAAAUGAUUUUCAUUAAUAAGUUACUAACAGUGCUCCAUGGUCAAAAAGCUCAAAAGAUUACACAGUAGAGAAUUAGAUGGAAUACCUGUUUAGAGAUUUUUAUGAUUACAACAGAUGAUUGAAUUUUUUUUGGUCAAUCCGAUUGUUAUUUUUUGAUAAUUUAAAUGUGUAGCCUUCAUUAUGAAAUCUUGCCCCAAUUCCCUACACCAACAAUUGCUGUUUUAUAAUCACUCUUGAUAUUAUUAAUAAAUUAUACUCUUCAUUUCCUGAAAUAUUAUGCUCUGUACUGAGUUCAGUGCCCUUAAUAUCUUAUAUCCAGCUCUAAUGCCAGUAUAUAUGUCUUUCAAAUUGAUAUUCUUACUCCCUACUGGGUUCUUUGCGGGCACUGUUGUUAUGGUACAUUCAAUUUUAUAUUGAAGCAAGUUACAAUUAUGUGAGGUGAAGUUGUAUGGUAAGCCGUUUUUUUGUUAUUUUUACAGCCUGGACUUCGGCGGAUAGUGUGGUCUUAUCAUAAUUCAUCAGAUGUGACCACAAAGCCAGACUGGCAGAAACAUACAGCUAAUGGACAUUAUGAGAUUGAUUUUAUUGAGUUACCAAGAGAACCACCUGUGGUGGAAUAUGUCCGAACUGAAGCACCCACUUCAGGUGCUUUUGCAGCCUCUAUCAUUGGUAACUUUCUUCUUAUAAUUGUGGGUUUAAUAUUCUUUUACUAGUUUUUGAGUUGUGCAAAAUUUUGUAUUUGUGUCUGCUUUUACUUCAUGCAUCGUGACUGAAUGCAAUAUUAUCUUUUUAGAUGUAAUAAUCGUAAGCAAAAAAAUACGUGUAUGCAUUGGUUAGAUUAAAGGUUAUCAUAAAUUGUAUGUACAGUGGUACAACAGGUAUGACUGUUACGAAAUACAGGUUAGAUUAACGUCUUUUGAAAUAAUUAUUGCAAGAUAGCCAGCCACUUCAGUAUAUUCUACACUUAUGCUCUUUUUUCAAGACUAUGGUGGGAGCUAAUUUAAGAUUCUACAGUGUACACUUUACAUGAAUAAUGAAUAACAAAAUUGAUACAACCCAUUGAAAGGAAAAGAAAUCAACUGUACAUCUGAUCCAAACUCUACCUGUCAAAUAUAUAUAUGCCUUGAUAAGCUAAUGAAACAUUUUGGAUGCUUCACAUAAAUGCUAGCGUAGUUGGCUUGUGUCAAGUGAAAAUAAAUGACAGAACAAGUGCAAAGCGCAAGAAAAAGAAAAAUUUUAAUUAUUCUUGUUGCUUGCAUUUAGACUCUUUACACUCUUACCCCAGUGGUUGAGUUUUUACUUACGUUGGGAGCGAAAAGCAGGCUAUCCGAUUCAAGUACUAUAUGCAUAAGAUUUAACCCAUUCACCCCUGAAAAGCCUCUAACCGCCCAUGCGGGGCCCCGUGCGGAUCCACGCCCUUUCUACCCUUUGUGACGUCAUCAGUUUUAACGGUCAAGGACAACUUUGUUCGCUAACUUGUGCAGAGUGAAGAGAUCUUUCAAACCAUACCAGAAUGAGCACAAUUCAGUCAAGGACAGCGGAGAAAGAAGCAAAAAACCAUGUGCCAUUGACGUGAAAAUCUCCAUGAAAAUCUUGUUCCAUUGCUCACCUACCUUUCCUUUCACCUAAUCCUAAGAUCCUAAAAGCUUUCCUAAAAAGUCUUCCCACCAAAAUAAAGCCUACAAAAUGCCCAGCACGAUAGAAAAAGGGAGGCAAUGAGGCAAGAAACGCGAAGAGGGGAGGAGAGAAAGCGAAAAGUAAAAGUCAAGACUGCUGUGUCACUUUUAAACCCCAAAACUCUCGAAAUUUUGCUUUCUGCGCAUGCCCGAACUUCGCAAGCUGAUAUUUUGCAUCUGGAUCAGAAGGCCGCGAAGUGUACGACCUGUAAACCGGUUCGUGGUACGUUUUAGCUCUUUAUAGCACGACAGUGACCAGAAAACCACUCGACUAGCUUCAAAACGCGUUUUUCGGCAAAAUCUCCAGGAGCGAAUGGGUUAAAGAUAAAAUGGCCGGAAAUGUGCAUGUGUUGGUCUCAGAGACCGGCCCACCUAUCAUCAUCCAGCCCGUUAGUACAGUUGAGGUACACAAGGUUUAGAGUGUCUGCUAUGUAGGCUAAUCUCACUUUGAUGUUGAUGUUAAUUGCUUUGAAUAUUAAAGGAGAUUGUAGGCUUUUGACAUUUUAGCUGUUACAUUGGUGUAUAAUGGUAUUAGGUCUCACGUUUUUAUAAUGUAACAAGGAUAGUUGGGCAAAAAUAGUGGCUGAAAACUUGGAGCUUGUAAAAGUGACAAGUGGCAUAUCCAACAUGAAAAAUAGUGUUUCAGUACAUCAAACAUCAAACUCGGAAAAAAGAAUUGAAAAUAUGAAGCUUAGUGUUGUAUUUUGAGGGAAUGUCUAGCUGCUUGAGAAAUUGUGAUGAGACACUGUUUUAAUCACUUCUCUCAACAAAAUGAUUUAAAAGGAGAAAUCAAGUAUUCCAAAUUGAUGAGCUUUUUAUCAGGCAUCGUUUUUCUUUUGUUUUUCUUUUUUUAUUCUUGUUAGUUAUUUUAAAACUACUUUACUUUUUAACAAAUGAACUACAGCUUUUAUGUCAUGUACACUAUGUCAGUAAUUUGAAGAUAGUCAGUGUUUUAUCAUUGAUGUUAAAUAGCUAUUUUAAAAAACUGAACUCUGAACUAUGUAAUCUUAAUGGGUGAAGGUGUACAUUUUACCUCAUUUGUAGUUGUUUCAUGUUAGGAUAAGUUUGUUUAUUAAGAACUGUUAUUAUUGAACUUUCCUCCUCUGAGGUUUUUGAAUUUACACAGCUCUUUGGUUCAAGUAAACUGCAUUCAGUGCUUAAUCGUUGUUGUAACAUAAUAAGCGAAAUUUGUUCCAUUACACCUUAAAACAGUCGCAUCUUUUAAAACAAAUACGGUUGAGGCUGUUGGAUAAGGAAGGGGUACAUUGUACCUAUAUAUUAGAGGUUUUUAACCUGCUACUGCUACUCAAGUACCCCAUAAUACAUCGUAGUUUGAAUGAGUCAGCCCGUGUCUUGAAAAGAAGUUCUACAAAGUAGAAAUGUAGAGCUGUAUCCUAGAGUCAGGAGAGGUUUGCUCUUUGUUGCAUUGCUUUAGACACAGUAGUAUAGUGUAGUCAUUAGUAUUGGUUCUGUUAAUGCUGCCGCUGGCCAUACAUCAUAAUUUCCCGCCUCACCUUAAAGGGCCUAUAUGUCAUGGUGAGUUCAACAUAUUUAUUUAAGAGAAGCUGAAAUUAUAACUAAGUAUUUUCAGCCAUCUUUUGACUGUCAUACGCAAAACUCCUAAAAGAUAGAUUUCAAUUUUUUCUGUUGAAAGGUGAAAACAAAGCACGCUUUUUAGUCUUCGUGACCACACACGAAAAUGUCAGCGUGGCAUUUUUUUUUUUUCAAACUGCAAUCCGUUUUCAUUCUGUGGUACCUAUCGAAAGCUAAACUGAGCCUGCCGUAGCUUGAGUUAUGGUAUAUUAGUAGAGUAGUUUUGAAUAAAACUUAGCCAUCAUUUCGGAAUUUCGUUUGAUACCAAUGUUUUAAGUGAAUCCAAAAAUUGUAACAUAGCUCCCUUUCCAAACUUAAAAGCUUAAAAGUACUGUACCAGGGCUCGCACUUUAAACUUAACUGUAGCGGUCAUAUACUCACAAGUAUUUAGUUGUACAAAUCUGUUCGAGAUGUUACUCAAGCAUAUACAUUAAAAUUUAUUGUGAAG